UUUUAUUAUUUUGGACGAAAUGGUGUAUAUGAAGCGUUUGUAUUCUCCAAUAAAGCUCUAAAGCGGGGGACCUUAUGUUUUGCCGACUUGACGCUAACCGAUAACACUAACCUACCAUCCCCUUAAAGACUAUAAGAAGUGCGAGACAACUUACAAACGUUCAGUUCAAGUAACACAUUCAACGAAAAAUGAGUCGCAUUUAUUCAUUGAUUAUUCUUGCCUUAAUCAUGGUGAUUCCGGUUUCUAAUGCAACUGAAACCGUCAAAGAUGAAUAUGAGAUGUAUUUUUAUGAUGACGAUUAUUACGGUAUUAAAAAUUACACUGACUUGGUGGUUUACCGACUCUUUACUAGGAAAAACCCAACAGAAUUUCAAGUGUUGAAACCUUACGAUUGGAAUUCGAUUCAUUCAUCAAAUUACAAUCCCAAUCUCCCAACAAAAAUUUAUGCUCCAGGCUGGGACAAUAACGGCUCUAUUGCCUAUCCAACAAGAGACGAGUAUUUACUUCGAUACGACUGCAAUUUUAUUAUCGUCUAUUGGUCGGACCUCCAAGCCGGAAAUGCUCUGUCUGUCGUCAGCACCACCCAGGAAGCUGCUUACCACACUGGAGCAUUCAUAGAUUUUUUGUUUGAAAUCGGGACACCAAUGAACAAUUUCCACUUGAUAGGCCAUAGCGCAGGUGCUCAUCUUGCAGGAGGAGCCGGAGCUGCGGUUUUGUUUGGAAAAGUACUCAGAAUCACUGGUUUAGAUCCAGCUAAAGGCGGGUGGACGUAUAACGACACCACAACGCGAUUGGAUAUCACUGAUGCUGUAUUUGUAGACGUCAUACACACGAACGGAGGAGAAAUUUUGGAAGGAGAAAUCGCAUUUUAUGAAGCUCUGGGUCAUGUUGAUUUCUAUGUUAAUGGAGGCCACAAGCAACCUGGUUGUGAGAAACCAGAUAAUACUUGCUGUCAUCACUGUCGCGCCGUUGAUUUAUUUGCUGAAUCCAUUAACACUGAUGUUGGCUUCGUGUCAGUACGUUGUGACUCGUUCGAGGCAUAUCAGAACGGAUCGUGUGCUGCAAACGACAAGGACCUCAUGGGAGACAAAGUUUCUUUUAGUGCACGUGGAACUUUUUAUUUGUCAACUAACGAACAAGCACCAUGGGCUAUGGGAUAAAGUUGGAUGGCAAUUUAUAUCUGCUGAAUCAGCCGUAUUCCACUUACGAAAUAAGACUGUGCAACGAGACAAAUAACAUUUCUUUCGUAAUUCUAUUACAAAUAUGCCAUAAUUUUAUCUUCCUGUUAAGCUUACACGUGAUUAUAUUUGUAAUUUCUUUGCAUGAUUAGUUCCUAAGUAUAUAGUCAUUGACAUCAGGUAGAGAUCAAACAAAGUUAGCGUCGCGAGAUCGUAGCGAUAGAAGUAGUCUUCUUUUUCAUCCUAUUUCUUUAGAAUUUUAAAUGUUUUGUGUUUGUCUUUGACAAGAAAAAGCCAAGAGAACUUUUUGCUGGCGCAGGAAACGUAAAACCUAAUUGCGUUAAAAAGUGAAACGAUGUAGUUUCCGAGCCUGUUCGUAUGUUAAACUGUCUGACUCUUUGCCCAUAAUAAAUUCAAUCAAGCAAAGUAAAA